AUGCCAAAGGCUGCACCAACUCCUCCCACUAGGAGUAUACCUCCAGUGAAACCUAUGAAAACAGAGCGUACCCAUGAGGAGAACCAAGAGCGAGCAUACAUCGCCGCUUCGCGAAGAAGUGAUCGAAGUCUUGAGGCAAGAGUCGAGUCUGCAAGAAGAGCAUCCGAAAUUCACAAACGACGCACUGGUCGCUCAUUACGUGUCACCGAGCAAGAUGUGAUCAACGAAGAAAUGUACGAGGAAGAGGAUGAUGACCUGCCUAUGCACUACCGACGACUCACAGCACAUCUCCAGACUGGUUCUGCAGAUUUCAAUCGAAGAUUAGCAGCCUACCUAACACAGCAGGUCGCGGUACGAAAUAUGAUGGGCCAGAUGCAGAACCCCUAUGCUCAAUAUCCCAACAUGCCAUAUCAACCACAACCACCUAAUAUGUUUCAGCCUCAGAUGCUACCUCAAACAGCUAUGGUACAGUCACCAACCACGUCAUAUCGUUCAGCUCCAUACCCCAACCCCCAUCAGACAGACUACCGUCAGAAUCAUGGACGAGCUCAAUCAUUGGCAUCAUUCUCAAACAAUCAGAACCACACAUCUCCUCCGAAUUCAGCCCAGACCCCAUCCUUGGAUUCGAGACGAAUGUCAACUCCAGCUACCACCCAAUCCAACAGUGAUGCCCAACAAUCUGGUCAUAAUAUCAAUACAGACAAUAUCAAGCCUGAUCCAGAUUAUCUACGCCAGACUCAAUCCGCCACCUUUCCACAAUCAAGUACAUAUCCAUCCUUCUACCAAAACCCAAGCCCAUUCACAACCUCUCUUCCUCCUGAGUCACAGCAAAUGUUGGCAUUCGCACCACAAUUCGACAUCAAUGACCCCACAUACGCCAUGCUCAUGCAAGGAUCCGAUCAAUACACAUCAUCUCCAUAUUAUCCAUGGCAUGACAUGAAUCAAUCAGGUUUGAAGGGCAUGCCAGUCCAUCCAUCAGCUUAUCAAGGCAUGUCGACUACACUAGCUCCUUCAGACCUUGAGCACCAUGUGAUGAAUUCUGCACAAGACAGCAAGAUCUCAUCGUCUUUGACUCAAAAUGCCAAGCAGACCUCUUCAGUAACGCAUUCAUCUACAUUGCCACCUACAGCAGGACUUGACUUCAAUUUUAGUCAAGAAUCCAAAGCAUUUGAUUUUGGCAAUACGGGUAUGUCUGGAGAAGAUAGUCUCAAGGCUUCGGGACUGGCUUCUGGUCAAAUCACACCUGGCGGUGAGGGAUUUUGGGACAACUUUAUGACUGACGGAACUUGGGAGGACGAGCAUACCGCUCGAUCCUUGCAAGGUAGUGUCGGGGACGACGGUAAUACAUGA